CAAAUCGAAUGGUUCCAACUUCCAAGAGUCGACAAUAGACAUGCAUGUCUCGCCAAUAGAAUGGCCAACUAACCUCAGGAAAUCUCCCAUCAAUAUCAGAGAGUAAAGCGAAUGAAGAAGAAGACCAACAAUGGUUUUGAGUUCUGCGAUGUCUGCAAACUGAAUCACAACCAAGGCAGGAAGCACAACUAUUUCCCCAGCCACAAGAAAUCGCUGGAGGCGACGCUCUCUCGGUUCCGAUCGAAACUCGCUGACAUCCGCUUCUUCCUAAAAAACCCUACCCCUCUUCGCUCUGAACAAGCCCCUCUCAAUCGCCUCUGGUGCGUGUUCUGCCAAUUCGAUAUCCUUGAGCUCCACAGUUUCCACACCAGGUACGGUUCAAAGCAAUUCAUAGAUCGAAUUGAUGGUGAUAAGGUGAUGUUGAAGUAUUGCCGAUACUGCUUUGUUGUGAACGCUAUGAUUUAGUGAAAAUGCUAUUGCGCAUCUGGCAAGCGAGGACCAUUUGAAGAAAUUGAAAGGAUUCCUAUGGAAACACGGCGGUGCAAUGGACAAAAUAGAUUUCUACCGGAUUAAAGAGCUUGAUUUUGUUAAGUGGAAAAAACAAUGCAAAGCCUCAAAGAAGGAGGCUGUUUGUGAAGAAACUCAUGGGCCCUUAAUUGGACCGUCAAAUGAUAUCCAUAAUGAAAUGAACUCUGACUAUGUAAAUAGUUGUGCAAUAGAUAAUAUCCAUGCUGAUAACAUUGACUUUUCGAAUUGUGUUGUGCCUUUACAAAACUGUACUAAUGAGAGGUCUCAGAUAUACGAAUCAGAGUUACCAAUCACACAGGGUGGUCACAUGGGCUCAAAAUACGGGGCCAGUUCAUCCUGCAUUAAUUCAUCUAGGUAUGGGAUUGCUGGACAAUCUACACCAUCGCUUGGAACUGCAAACUUAUCUUCUCAUCCCCUCAUUAAUGGCUUUGUAUGUUACCAAUCUCUCUUUAAUGCUUUUCCUUGUUUCUCUUUCACAUGACAGGGGUUAGUUUAGUUUUUUCCUUUUGAGGUUAAUAAAUACGAAGUAUAUGAUGAUUACAUUGAUUUUUGAAUGUGUGGGCUCUACUUCCCGUCUCUUUGUGUUUAUUAGCCACUUUAUUUGACAUUCGUUUACACUAGCCAGUCGUGGUAGGGCUAUAGCCAUAAGGCCCAUAAAAGGUUUUACCCUUGCGCGGGUUUCUUUGCAACCUACUAUACCCACUCCCUAUCAUACCAAAAAAAACAACAUAAAAAAUUAAUGUUUGGUAAGCCCCGACUACCUGGGCUUACCUAUUACCAAAAAGAACCUGCCUGGUAUGGUUAUUUAUGCAAUUAUGCCAUAAAGGAUUACCCAUUCUUCAGAGGGUGUCGUCGUAUCUAUGUCCCAAAGUAAUGCUACAUCUAAUUUAAACUGCACUAUUUUUUUUUGGUUUUGCUAGCUAUUAUUAUCAUCCAUAGAUUCUACCUUUUCUUGUAGACCCCAUUUUUCAGUAUUUGAAAAGAGAGAACUUGUAAACUAAUUAACACCAUCUUUAUUCUCCUUAUAAGCUUGUCAAAAAAACAAAAUAUAUCUGACAUUAUGGGAUGAAUAUGCGCACGAUUUUUUUUUUGUGUGUUUUCCAUGUAUGCUUCAACUUGUGGGAUAACUGUUGCAACAACGUUUAAUAUGUGCUACCAUAGUUAGGCCUUGAAUGAAAGAGGUGACUGUAUAAACCAUAAUGCCAUAUACCAAUUUAAUUUUGGUAAAACCGCGUUUUUAACCAAAGAAAUGUGGCAAAUAUCGCUUGAAAAGAAAUGAUCUUGUAAAUACUGUUGUAGUUCAUAGCAGAUGGAAUAACAAGGCUAAUAAUCUGCUGCUUUAGCUCCCGUCGUUUUGCAGUUCUGGUGAUUUUCUCCUUUAGAAUUUAGUGAUGGGUUCUGUUUUCAUAUUAGUGAAUUUAUUAUCUUGGCUUGUGGCGAUAACAGGCACCCCUGAAAGAGAAAAAAGCUAAAGAGGGAACCGUUUCUUUGGGUAAACACAAAAUGCUUCUGGUCACAUAUUUUUGUCCUCGCAUAACUUUCGUUUCGUGUUCCACAUUUUUUUUCCACAUUUCGUUUUUAGUAUGUCGUUUGAUGCGGUCUACUUUGCUGUGUAUAUAUUACAAUUCCCAAAUGAUACUCCGGCACUGUUUUGGUCUUUUUAAUAUUUAAUAAAAGCUGAAAACAUUUAAAGUGUUACCUACUUUAUAUGGGAAUAUUGAUUUUUUCGGAGACUGACAGUUAUUUUACAUAAAUAAACACACACACUUUCGCCGCUUCCCUUAUGACAUAUGUCUACAUCAAACCAUUUUUUUUGUUUCGAGUGUUAUAUGAGUAUAUAUUUUGGGGGUCUACAAUUCUACAUGUGUUGUCUGUCUCACUGUCUUCUGGGUACCAACGCAUUGGAUGGUUAGACAAUAGACAUUUUUGCUCUUCUUGUUUAUGCAUAAUUGGUCUGUUUUCCUAUUAUUUUUUGGCACAACUUAUAGAAAUUUCUAUAUCAGCAGAAGAAGCCAUCAUAGGGAAUGUUCAUUCUGGAGCACCUCCUCCGUGGUUAGAUGCUUUUGAACAAAAUCAGAUGGAUUCUUUGUCAAAGUCUGGUCAAAAUGGCCUUGACUCUUUAUGUCAAAAGAGUAAAUGCUCUAAACUAAACCCAAAACGGGUUGGUGCUGCAUGGGCUGAGAAAAGAAAACUUGAGAUGGAGUUGGAGAAGAAAGGAGAACUUGUCAUGAAAAAUGCUGAUGCAAAUUGGCUUCCCAAUUUUGGAAGAGUUUGGCAAACUGGCAGCAGGAAGGAAUCUAGAAAAGAAUUUCAGAUUGAAAAAAAGUUGUCUGGGAAAAUUGAGAGCCAAUCAUCUAGUGUGAUACAAUUACAGCCUUAUAUCAGCAAACGAAUGCGCAAGGAUUUGGUGGAUAUUCCUGAGCAGCCAAGCAGUCCGGAGUAAAGCCAUAUUUAGACUACAGAGUGCAUCAUUGUAUAUAGAAGUAGUAAACCCAUGUGUUGUUCUGCUAGGGGUUGAAAUAUUACGGAUUCGUCGAGUUGGAUAUGUUAAUGCAAUGCAGCUAUGGUAUGAAAAUUUGGGUCGAUGCUAUUUGUCUGGUUA